AUAAUAUACUUUUUUUUCCCCAUCCUUCUGGUAGUGAUUCAUAUCUGUGUUCAUUAAUUAAUUAGUAUUAAUAUUAUUGCAGUUAUAACAUAAUAAUAUAAUGUUCAAGAACACAUUCCAAUCUGGUUUCCUAUCUAUAUUAUACAGCCUUGGGAGCAAGCCUUUGCAGAUAUGGGAUAAAGAAGUGGUUAAUGGGCAGGUCAAGCGUACACACGAUGAUGACAUACAAUCAAAUAUUCUUGAAAUUGUUGGAACAAAUGUCCAGUCAACAUACAUUACAUGUCCAGCUGAUCCAGCUGCUACACUAGGUAUAAAGCUGCCAUUUUUGGUGAUGAUUGUAAAAAAUGUGAAAAAAUAUUUCACAUUCGAGAUUCAGGUUCUGGACGAUAAAAAUGUCAGGCGACGUUUCCGCGCUUCUAAUUUUCAAGCUAUGACUCGAGUUAAACCAUUCAUAUGCACCAUGCCUCUGCGGAUGGAUGAGGGAUGGAAUCAAAUUCAACUGAAUUUAGCUGAUCUGACUCGACGUGCAUAUGGAACAAACUAUGUGGAGACACUGCGUGUUCAAGUUCAUGCAAACUGCCGUCUUAGAAGGAUAUAUUUUUCUGACCGCCUUUAUUCGGAGGAAGAGCUGCCACCAGAGUUCAAACUUUAUCUUCCCAUGCAGAAACAAUGAAUCUGCCUAGAAGAAAUUCACUGUGCUGCUCAUUUAAACCUUGCCACUGCAACUAUUGAGAAAUGUCUAAGCUUCCAGUGCAGUGUUUCUAUCAAUUUGUAAGUUUACUGCGUACAAGGGACAAGGUUUAUGUAACUUUGGUUUAUCCUGACAUGGGAAAUGUGGGAGAUCCAUAAAAAAUAUAUGUUGGAAACAUGUAAGCUCUGUAUGUCUGGAAUAUGUUGUUAAAUAAUGCGUUUAUUUUGAUGGAAUAUUGACAAUUUCAAGUACUAAGUGCACUUUGAACCCAGUAUUAUUUAAAACA